AUGUUGGACGGGAGACGUCUGACUAUUAACGAACGAGCCGCCAAGUUGUUCACAUCAGCAGGCUGCGGAGACUAUGCUGCGGUGCAGGAGGUUCUGGAGCAAGACAAGGAUCUGCUGAGGGAAGUAGAUCACGACGGGCUGUUCGCGGGAUGGAACUGUUUGCACUGGUGUGCGCAGCAGGGGCAUGUAGAGGUAGCGAAACUUCUCAUGGACGAGGCAGAGGUGUUGGGCAUCGAGAGCCCGACGCUGGUGGACAUGCAGGACAAGGAGGGCGAUACCCCUCUGCACAUCGCGGUGAGCUGGGGUCAUGCUGAACUCGCGCGGAUGAUGAUCAGCCGCAAUGCCGACGUGAAGAUCAGGAACGACAAGAGGAAGACAGCUCUCGAUCUUGCUACGGAAGGUGCGGGGUUCAGGAAGCAACUCAAAGAGUUUGCGAGGAUCUCGAGCGCAUGA